AUCCGAAGGUAUGACUUUUCUUCCUACGCGUUUGUUGUUGAACUACAUCUCGAGACUUUGAUUUAUUACUUAGUUUUGAUGCGAAACACUUCGCUGUCUUUAACAAUUCGAGUGUUCGUAGACAUUACCGAACACAAAUAACAAGAUGGCCGUCGGACUUGGGCAAAGAUUUCUGAUGAAGAUUGUGAGGAAUGAGUCUAUGAAGACGUAUGUACAGUACUUGGAACUAUGUAGCUAAAGAUGAUGCUAACUUUACUGCGACAGGGACCCGUAAGCAUUCACAAGAUUGUGAGAAAAAUAUCUCAAGACUAAUUAGAACAUCUAAAUAGCCCGGAAAUUUAUGGAUGGAGAGUUUUCUUCCUAGCAAGUUCUGGUACGUACACCAUUCCUGCCGAGCAAGAGAGGGGAAAUGAAUAUAGCUGUUGCAUGUGUACUAAACUUCUACACAGCUUGUUUCGGCGGUAUGCUAUUUGGUUGGGGUAUGUUGGGACUUACCAUUCGAAAGUUCAGACAAUCAUACUAAUUUGUAUGCGAAGAUAUUGGUACAAUAGGAGGUGUAAUUGUAAUGCCUUCUUUCACCAAGUAUUUUCCCUCUGAUGUAACACCCGAUGCAGGAUUGACAUAGAUAGGGCAUAUCAUAUCGACCACCUAAGCGACACCGCCCGCGCGAAUCUAUUGUCAAAUAGUAAGUUCACUCAUACUACUUAAUGAGUCUACGUCUAAGAAUAAACAGUUGUCAGUACAUUGCAAGCGGGUUGUUUCUUUGGAUCAUUAAUCGCAUAUUAUGUUGCGGAUCAAUGGGGUCGAAAGGUAUGCGGACUCUUCUAUCUUACAUUCAUAAUGACAAGGUGUUUUACUAAAUCUCCAAAGCCGGCGUUGCUCACUGCAGCCGGUGUUACAAUUAUAGGAGUUGUUAUUCAAUGUGCAACACAUGGUUAUCUGUAAGAAGUACCAAAUUCUCCCUUCCAAUCUGAAUGCUAACUCGAUGAUAGGUCUGCUCUCUAUGUUGGUAGAUUUAUUGCUGGAUUGGGAGUAGGAGCUGCUAGUAUGCUUACGCCACUUUAUGUAAGUUCUACUAAGUAACUAGGUAUUAUAUCUACUAGAAACUUCGACUAAUCUAAUGAUUAUCUACAGGUUAGUGAAAAUGCACCUAGAGCGAUCAGAGGUGCUCUUACUGGGAUGUAUCAAUUAUUCAUUGCCACCGGCACCAUGCUAAGUUUUUGGAUUAACUAUGGCUCUUUACUGCAUCUCAAAGGCGAUGCACCAUGGAUUGGUAAUUUGAACCGCCCCUUCCCCGAUAUAGGCGUUUGACGAGUGGGAUACUUAUGUUUUAUUUCUCCAGUUUCUCUUGCUCUUCAGAUGUUACCCGCGAUUUUACUAUUCUUGGGAAUUGCUUUGUGUCGUGAAUCUCCUCGGUGGUUGGCAAGACAAGAUAAUUGGGAGAAAGCUACUACAGUUUUAUCAAAGGUGUCUAAGUAAGUUACUAGAUUACUAUUAAUCAAGCAUUUUAGGGAACUGCUAACAUAUAUAAGUCUUCCGCCCGAUCAUCCCUACAUCCGUAUGGAGCUAGAAGAAGUAAACUCUACUCCCACCACUAAAUCAACCCGAAAAAUACACUGACCAUUCCAGAUGUACGAACAACUCGAAAACGAACGUCGCCUCAUCGGCGGCGCCAGCUUCCUCGACCUCAUGAAAGAAAUGUGGACGAUAUCCGGAAACCGUAAUCGGGCUUUAAUAUCCAUCGGACUGAUGAUCUGUCAACAAAUGACGGGCACAAACGCCAUAAACUACUACGCGCCGACCAUCUUCCUCAAUCUGGGGGUAAACUCCACAACAGCUGGACUCUUCGCAACGGGCAUCUACGGCAUUGUAAAAAUGGCCACCUGUGCGGUAUUCCUCCUCGUCGCCGCCGACUCUCUCGGAAGGAGAAAAUCAUUAUUAUGGACGAGUAUUGCGCAGGGAUGCGCCAUGUUUGUGAUUGGGUUCUAUGUGAGGUUUGAUCCGCCGCUGAAGGGGGCCACUAUACCACCCGUGGGAUAUUUCGCUCUGACGUGUAUUUAUUUGUUUGCGGGGUUUUUUCAGUUUGGGUGGGGACCGUGUUGUUGGAUUAUUGUGAGUGAGAUACCGGCUGCGAGGUUGAGGGCUCUUAAUGUGGCGAUUGCGGCGGCGACACAGUGGUUGUUUAAUUUUGUCGUUGCGAAGGCCGUGCCUACUAGUGAGUCUUUGCUCUUCUUUCUCUGUUUCUUUCAUUCCCCAUCUCUUUGAUGUCCUCGUCGCCCAAUAUCUCAAGAAAAUGUUUUUAAUAACAACAAAAAUAGUGCUAGUAACCGUCGGACGCGCCGGUUAUGGAACCUAUUUCAUCUUCGGCUCCUUCUGCUUCAGCAUGUUUUUCUUCGUAUGGUUCCUCAUCCCUGAAACCAAAGGCCUCUCACUUGAAAAAAUGGACUCCUUGUUUGGAAUCACCGAAGUCGCAAAUAAAGAUGUAGAAUCUAAUGUUGGAUCUGUUCGAGGUACCCACACUAUUGAUGAGAAAGCUGCUGUUGAUAUUCCUGAGAUUGCGGAUGAGGGGGCUGAUGGGUAUGGAAAUGCCGGGAAGAGAGAGCUGCAGAGAGGUGAAUGUGUUGAACUUUCUGGUGUACCGAGUUCGCAGAUUCGGAGUCCUGAGAUUUCGAGGGAUGAUGGUGGGAAGGAGAAGGGGAAGGGGAAGGGGAAGGAGAAGGAGAAGGAGAAGGAGAUUGGGUUGAGAGAAGGCGUUGGGAGUGCGAGGGCGUUGAGCCCUACGAGGCAUUUUGUAGGGAAGGGGAAAGAGAAGGAUAAGAGUGAGACGGGGAGUGUGGGUGAUCAAAUGGGGUAUUAUUGUUAAGGGAUUACUAUUUGUAAUGUGGUUUUAUUUCCGAGGAUAUAAUCUGGUUCGUGAUAUGGUUGGGUGAGGCGACAAGUGUUUUGAAAUUUGAAAGAGAGGGCAUUUGGCGAGAGGAGUAACUUACGGUCACAUGUAAUGAGAUUUAUGAGGAUAAAGAGGUGUUUAUACACCACUUUCCUUAAAGUAAAUAGAAUGAAUAUACCUGUUUAAAACCAUUGCAGUACAAGUCCUUCUGAAGACUCUAA